CUUUCUCUCCAUUCUCUGUCUACACUAGACAAAACCAUCGAUUGCUUUUUCUCUCUUUCACCCAGAAACUUGUUCCUUUGUUUUCUCACUCUGUGCAGCUUUUGAACCUCUCACUCUUGUUCCUUGUUUCAUUUUGUCACUCUCAUCGAUAACAAUGUCAAAGUGGGAUAGCCCUUCUUUCUCUUCUAGUCUUUUGGAUAAAAUUUACCACUCAAUUGACGACGGCGAGAGGCGAGGUGAGGACGUGAAGUUUUACGGCGAGACGAAGACGACGGCAUUGCCGAAGAGAAACAGCAAAAGCGGGAGAAAUAUUGCUGUGGAGGAGGAGAUGGCGGCGAUUCGCAGAGCUUGUUUGAUUGAGAAAUGGAUUGAGAAGAAGGCAAAGGAGAAGGCCGAGGCAGAACGGAGGAGCAGGAAAUUGGAGAGGGAUCAUGAUGACAGUGUGUUUUUCAGUUCAAAUUCAUGCUCUUCCGAGUCGAGUUCCGGCGGAUUCUCCUCGUCGGACGCUGAGUCCAUGUAUGGCUCUCGCCCGCAGAGGGCGUCUUGUUUUGUUCCUUCUCUGUGGCCGAAGCCGAUUCGGACUCGACCGGUGAAAACAGAGGAGAAGAAAACAGAGAAGAAACAGAGUGCUCUGUCUCGUCAACAGAGAGAUUUUUGCUUGCUUGAUGAUUAUACUCAGAGUCGGAUCACAGAUCGUACUAUGAAGUUGGAAGAAGCUACGAUCAAGUCCAAAUCAAGGGCAUUGAAGCUCUACGACAAUCUAAAGAAGGUGAAGCAGCCAAUCUCUCCUGGCGGUCGCGUUGCGAGUUUUCUCAAUUCUCUCUUCACAACAGGGCAAGUCAAGAAGAGCAAGGGCUCAUCAUCAGUUUCAGGGUAUGAAGAAACAGAGAGGAGAAUAUAUUCACUGCAGGGCCCAACGUGUUCUUCUGCUUCAUCAUUUUCAAGGUCAUGUCUAAGCAAAAACUCACCCAGCACAAGAGAAAAGUUGCGCAAUGGGGUUAAGAAAUCGGUCCAAUUCUACCCGGUAAGUGUUGUAGUUGGCGAGGAUCGUCAACCGCAUAGCCAAAAGUGCGUGUACGAAGAACAAGACGCACAUCUUAUGCCUGUAACUGUGCCGACGGCAUGGAAAAUCGGUCGAUCUCGGUCGAGAAGAACAGAGGAAGAGAUCGUCAAGCUUCGAGUAUUGGAGAAAAGCAGGCAAGCAGAAGAAGCAGCCCGGGAGUUUCUGAAAGACCACCGUCGCAACCAAGCUAAGAAUGAGUCUUUAUUCAGUAGAGACUAUAACAACCAUGAUGAUGAUAUGGAUGAUGAUGAUGCUAGUUGUUCGAGUUCGGAUCUUUUCGAGCUCGAUCACCUUGCGGUGGCCGGAAAAGAAAGGUAUCUGGAAGAGCUUCCGGUGUACGAAACCACUCGUGUCAAAUGUACGAAUCGUGCUAUUUUCUAG